AUGACACUUGACCAAUCCAAGGAGUUUGAAGCAAUGAAAGCCAUGAAUGCCUCUUUACAAAGUCAAGUUGAUGUUUUGAAGAAGCAAGUGGGUCCACGGAAUGCUCCGGUUGCAUAUGUUCAAGUAGGUUGUGAGCAUUGUGGAGAUUUCAAUCAUGGAAGUAAUGAGUGCUAUGCCACGGGUCAAACUUGGAGCGAACAAGUGAAUUAUGUGGGAGGUCAACGCCAAGGGAAUGAUCCUUACUCGAACACCUAUAAUCCGGGACAACAAGGGGGAUUGCCGUCCACUACGGAAACUAAUCCUAGAGAGCAUGUGAAAGCCAUCAAAGUUGUGGAGCUUCGAAGCGGUAGAGUCCUUGAUGUUGAUCAUGACAAGGAUUUUGAAAAAUCUAAUGGCAAGAGGCCAAUGAUUGUGGAGGUUGAGCCUCAAGUGGUAAUAGAUGUUGCAAUCUCUAGUCAAAAGCUACCAAGGUCUUGUGAGGAGGUGGCCAUUGAUAUUGAUGUUGAGGAACCAUAUGUGAGGCCACCACCACCACCACCUUUUGUGCCUAAAGUACCAUUCCCAAGCCGGUUGAGAAAGGCCCCGGACAAUGAAAAGUUUCAUAAGUUUCUUAAAAUAUUCAAGAAACUUCAAAUAAGCAUGAGCUUAGGGGAUGCCUUGCGAGAGAUGCCCCAAUACGCUAAGUUCUUGAAAGACAUAAUUAUGAACAAGCGAAGUUGGGAACAAGGUGGAACAAUUCCUCUAACGGAAAGUUGUAGUUCUAUUAUCCAAAGCAAUCUACCGACCAAGCUACAAGAUACAGGGAGUUUCACGAUUCCUUGUUUAAUUGGCACUUCUACUUCUCUUAAUUGUCUUUGUGAUUUAGGUGCAAGUAUAAAUCUAAUGCCGUUGUGUCUUUUCAGGAAAAUAUGUGGAAACCAACCGAUAAAACAAACUUCCAUGAUGCUCCAAUUGGCCGACCAUUCGCUCAAGAGACCACACGGGGUUGCGGAAGAUGUGCUAGUAAAAGUGGGCAAGUUCAUCUUUCCGGUGGACUUUGUUGUGCUUGACUAUGCGGUCGAUAAAGAUUGCCCCAUGAUUCUUGGGCGUCCUUUUUUAAACACGGGGCGAGCAUUGGUUGCAGUUAAUGCGGGGAAGAUAACAUUGAGAAUGAAUGAUGAGAGCAUGGAGUUCGAUAUCAAGCAUGGCAAAAGCAAGUGUGAGGAGGAGAAAUGCAUGAGGAUUGAUACUAUUGAGCCCACAUUGCAUAUGCCUAUAAAGGAGGUUCUUAAGAAAGAAUCCGAAAUUGUGUGUGCAAAAAUCAAGACAACACCUCAUGAUAAGCCACGCAAGGGAAAACCAAGACGUUGGGCAUCAUGGAAGUUGAAGCUCAACGGGAUAGCAACCGCAAGCAAGAGCCAAAUGUGCAAGGAAGUUGCCACUCUUGGCGACUACGUCCAAGUUCAAACUUCUCAAGCGCAUUCACAUGCGGGGAAGUUGAUUUCUAAGUGGAGCGGACCGUUUAAAACACGGCGCAAAUUGGAUGAUGAUAUGAUUGAGUUGGAGGGGGCCAAUGGAGAUGUUUUUAAGGUUCUUGGAGAAUGGUGCAAACCAUAUCCUAGAGUGUUGAUCGAUGAAAGUCGCGAGCAAGUCGCUCUUUUUGAUCCUCCAUGA